AUGGAUAACGUUACGGAGUUAAGAGUAGAGUACAAAUAUUAUAACAAAAAUCGUGUAACCCCGAUUUUUAUUUCAAAUGACGAUUUAUUAUCAUUAACAUUCGAAGGAUUUCAUGGGUUGGUGCUAAAAGAAGUUCCUCAUUUGAAGAAAAUUUCUUCGGAAGCCGUGGCGCUUAGAAUGACAAUUGUGGACGACGAUAAUUCUGAGGUUGACAUUUCCACCAAAUAUUUUUCGUCACAAAUGUUCUCUUUCCUGAAUAAAGGAAUGAAGAUAAUUUGUGUUCGCGUUGCUGUUGCAGAGUCGCCAGUCGCCUUUAGUAAUACUUCUGUUUCUGCAGGCAAAGAACGUAAGUCAGACGAGGUUUUCCAAAGUAGAAGGUGCCUAAACUUACAAAAUACUACUAACAUCAAUAACAUUGCAAAUCCUAGCUCAUACCAGUAUUUCUAUAAUAAACACAACGCCGGAGUCCUCACCUACAAGUAAACAAGAAUCACCGCGCAUUGUAUUACCACUAGAAAGAUAUGCCAAGAAACAGGCUGAGGUCGUGCAAAAUUAUUCAGACGAGUUGACAAGUAAUACGAAAGAACUCACGGAUUUCGAUUUCAAACUACAGAAAGCGUGCGACCAGAACCGAGGACAUCUCAAUGCAUGCGGAAAUUGCCAUCUCAAACUCGGUCACACUCGAAAAGCGUGUGGAUUUAGUCCUUGUCGGUCAGCCUUUUCCUGUGGAAUGUUAUCGAAGCAUAACAACCAGAAGUCUAAAAGAUCAGCCCUAGCGAAGAAUAUCGCACAACUUGAGAGCAAGUUAACCGCAGCAAACAAAGAUGUCGAGAAUGCAAGAAUGGCCGUCGAAAAAGUUCAAAACUCCUCACAGAAAAAAUCGAAGAUAUACUCUUAG